GCAACGGAGAGGGUACACGGCCAAAGUAAAGUGACACCUCGUACACUCACACAGGGAGACUACCGCUGCCCUCCGCUUCAACGUUUUACCGUCAAUUUCAUGAACUAGGAACGCACUUUGGGCACGAUCGCUCCACGGAGGGUUGGUGGCGCUCCUCGCUCGAGUUUCCUGCCUCUUCAUGUUACUGAGCUGAAGCCACAGGGAGCAGAAGAUGGCCAUGUGGAUCCAGGCCCAGCAGCUGCAGGGCGACGCUCUGCACCAGAUGCAGUCUCUGUACGGUCACCACUUCCCCAUCGAGGUGCGCCACUACCUGUCCCAGUGGAUCGAGGGACAGCUAUGGGAUGCGGUGGAUCUGGAGAACCCCCAGGACGAGUUUAAGGCCAAGAGGCUUUUGGACGGUCUGAUCCAGGAGCUCCAGAACAAAGCCGAGCACCAGGUCGGAGAGGACGGAUUCCUGCUCAAAAUCAAACUGGGACACUACGCCAACCAGCUCAAGGGCAUAUACGAUCGCAGUCCUUUGGAGCUGGUGCGAUGUAUAAAACAUAUUCUGUACACGGAGCAGAGACUGGUGAGAGAGGCAACAAAUUCGGCCUCUCCUUUGGGUGCUAUGAUGGACAGCAUGUCACAGAAGUACCAGCAGAUCAACCAGGCAUUUGAGGAGCUGCGAAUGUUCAGCCAGGAUACGGAAAAUGACCUGCGCAAACUCCAACACAACCAGGAGUACUUCAUCAUCCAGUACCAGGAGAGUCUGCGCAUACAGGCCCAACUGUCCAGUCUGGCCACACUGCCUCCUGCUGACCGCCAGCUGCGAGAGCCCGGCCUGCUCAACAAAAGAGCCACUGUGGAGGCGUGGCUCACCAGAGAGGCCAACACACUACAGAAAUACAGACUGGACCUGGCAGAGAAGCACCAGAAGACCCUGCAGCUGUUGAGGAAGCAGCAGACCGUGAUCCUGGACGAUGAGCUGAUCCAGUGGAAGAGACGGCAGCAGCUAGCCGGCAACGGGGGUCCUCCAGAGGGGGGUCUGGACAUCCUGCAGUCCUGGUGUGAGAAGUUGGCGGAGACCAUUUGGCAGAACAGGCAGCAGAUCCGGAGAGCCGAGCAUCUCCGUCAGCAGCUGCCCAUCCCAGGCCCCAUAGAAGACAUGCUCAGUGAACUCAACAGCACCAUCACAGACAUCAUCUCCACACUCGUCACCAGCACCUUCAUCAUUGAGAAGCAGCCUCCACAGGUGUUGAAAACGCAGACCAAGUUUGCAGCCACAGUGCGCCUCCUGGUGGGCGGGAAGCUGAACGUGCACAUGAACCCUCCGCAGGUCAAAGCCACCAUCAUCAGUGAACAACAAGCCAAGGCCCUGCUAAAGAACGAGAACACCAGGAAUGAAAGCAGUGGGGAGAUUCUCAACAAUAACUGUGUGAUGGAGUACCACCAGACGACGGGCACGCUCAGCGCCCACUUCAGGAACAUGUCUUUGAAGAGGAUUAAGCGCUCAGAUCGACGGGGGGCAGAGUCUGUGACAGAAGAGAAAUUCACCAUUUUGUUCGAGUCGCAGUUCAGUAUCGGCGGAAACGAGCUGGUGUUCCAGGUCAAGACGCUUUCUCUGCCUGUGGUGGUGAUUGUUCACGGCAGCCAAGACAACAACGCCACGGCAACAGUGCUCUGGGACAAUGCCUUUGCCGAGCCGGGCCGUGUGCCUUUUUUAGUCCCUGAUAAAGUCCUGUGGCCGCAGUUGUGUGAAGCCAUCAACAUCAAGUACAAGUCUGAGGUCCAGUCCAACCGCGGCCUGUCUGAGGAGAACCUGGUGUUUCUGGCCCAAAAAGCCUUCAGCAGCUCCAGCAACAACCCCGAGGACUACCGCAGCAUGACUAUGACCUGGUCCCAGUUCAACAGGGAGAGUUUACCAGGCAGAAACUUCACAUUCUGGCAGUGGUUUGAUGGAGUCAUGGAGCUCACCAAAAAACAUCUCAAGCCCCAUUGGAACGACGGAGCGAUUCUGGGCUUUGUGAACAAGCAGCAGGCUCAGGACAUGCUCAUGUCCAAACCCAACGGCACCUUCCUGCUGCGCUUCAGUGACUCUGAGAUCGGAGGAAUCACCAUCGCCUGGCUCGCCGAAAAACCAGGAGAGAGGACAGUGUGGAACCUUAUGCCGUUCACAACAAAAGAUUUCACAAUUCGAUCUCUGGCCGACCGCAUCAGCGACCUCAACCACCUGCUGUUCCUCUACCCCGACCGCUCUAAAGACGAGGUGUUCUCCAAGUACUACACCCCGCCCCUCUCCAAAGCGGUGGAUGGCUACGUGAAACCACAAAUCAAACAAGUUGUGCCAGACUUUGCCACUGCUAACCCAGACCCAUCCGGACUGAACCAGACUUACAUGGACCACGGCGCGUCCCCAGCUCCUGUCAGUCACCAGCACGCCUAUGGAAUCUACCCACCUAUGAGUGACCCGGUCUUGGACGCAGAUGGCGAUUUCAAUCUGGAUGACACCAUGGACGUCGCUCGCCACGUGGAGGAGUUACUACGGCGACCGGUGGACAGCCAAUGGGGCGGCCAGCAAUCGUGACCUUUGACAUCGUAACCCGCGGCAAUCACACCCACCCACCAACCCCCCGCCCUCACCCUUCCGUCCUUCCUCCCAUCCUUGCAGCCCCCCAAAACCUGUCCAGCCUCCCACCCCACACUGUUUCAUUGCAAUGUCCAUUUUUAUUUCAGAUAGCUAUAAUGUGAAAUGUUAAUAAUGGUUGUAAUUUUUUUCUGUUUUUUGACAACAAUUUGUGGUCAGACCGACGUGGAUAAAACUCAAAGAUCCCGUAAUGUUACAGACUAUUAAACAUCACACAUGCAUGCAUUUUGACUGGAAAAUAUGCAACUAUACAAGACAUUUAAAAACAUUUAUUUCCUUGUUUGUUUUUCACUAGCUUAAAGGUUCACUAUGUAACUUUUCCCAUGGACGGUCUGCCACUUAAGCGCUUUCUUUGCCUGGCAUUAUAUUUAUCUAUCUUGCAUCUAUUCAGUUACAGUUGGUGUUAUUUCAAAGAAAAUAAGAAAAAACAUGCGUCCAGCGUGGUCGCCUCUCCACAGAUGUGACCUGUCAGUGAGCUUGCUGGCAUGGCAUCACCUGUUUUAAGAAAUACGUUGAAUGGAGCAUUCCAGGCAAGGCAUUAACAUGGAAACCAUGGAAACAGGUGGUGGAUCCUCCUCCAGAAAAAGUUACACAGUGCAACUUUAAAGGGCCCAUAUUACACUGUUUUCUGAUCUAUGUUAUAAUGUUGUUUUCUCAUCACAAACAGACCUGGAGUUGUGUUUUGUGUCAUGUUUAACUCAAGUAUUUAGGCUGAGUUCUUCUCUCAAGCUGAAAACACACUCUUCCACUCUGUGAUGUCAUGUGGUAAUACAAGAAGUGCUCCAUUGUGUUUUUUAACUCCACACACCUUCACUAGAAUCAUUUGGAUCAUUUCAGCCGUGGAAUUUCCAAUCUCUACUGAACUAAAAGGAAAACUAGCGCUUCAUGAAAUCACAAGGUGAAACAGCAUUUUGAGUUUUGGUGAUGUAGACAGAUUAAUAAUAAAGGAUCACCGUAUUUUUUGGACUAUAAAGCGCACUGGAUUAUAAGGCGCAAUAUCUAAAAUGUUGAAUUCUCUCGUCUAUUUUCAUACAUAAGAUGCACCGGAUUAUAAGGCGCAUUAAGUGAAACAAACAGACGACACUUGAGACUGAUCCCUUAGUCCAGGCGUCCACAAUCCAUUGGCAGAUCAUGACGUAAUUCGCCCGGCGUAUGUGGAUUAUGAAUGUGAAUGUGGGUGGAUAAUUUAAGUUUGUUUUUUUAUUUCCUUCAAGGAGGACUCAAAUAUACAUUGAGUAAUAACGUGUUUAAUGCAGCUUUGCGCACAUUUGUUUACAUUUUACAAAAAUUAAACUUAAAACCACAUGGCUCAUUUGCAUAAAUUAUAAGCACUGAAAAAACAGCUCGCUCCUUGUGCACUGAUGCGGUCAGCUUCUGUUGGACUAAAGACCAUAAAUUGGGCUUUACUCCACGAGACUCUUGACUACAGUAGCGUAAUGCUCCGACAAUCCAUCAAACGGUGCGGCUUCGUAGCUUACCAAGUCGUACUAAAACAUUUUGACAGAUUUUUGAGUGCUGUGUACCACAUAAUAUCAGUUCAAGGUCAGUAAGCACAACCAAGAAUUGAAUAUAUAAGGCGCAAUGACGAUUUUUGAGAAAAUUAAGGAUUUUAAGUGCACCUUAUAGUCCAAAAAAUACUGUAAUCAAACAUGUGAAUUAAACAAAACACAACUCCAGGUAUGUUUUUGAGGAACAGCGUUAUAACAUGGCUUAAAGCUCCCAAGAGUCAUUUUUGCGUAAUAUGGGACCUUUAACAAUGAACUUACCCACUGACAUAAACUCGCUUUUGCUCUUAAAUGGCCAUUAUGAAGUACUGUUAAUACUCUAUGUACACUAACAAAGAAGUAAAAAUACACAUCUGUGCGUCAUGUAUUAGGGUCAGAAGAAUUACAAUUAUGCCAUUGUAUUUUGAGAAGAAAUGUAACUAUUUUUGCAGUAAUUAAUCUUAUUUUUUAUAUAUUGGUUUUUCUUACACUAGUGUGGUUAGCAGUUUUUUACGCUGCCUAGAUACUUGUAAAUGGAGGUGGCUUUGUGGGUGAAGUGUCUUGCUCAGUGACACAUCAACAGAAGGGUUACAAACAAGAGAGCUUUGAACUGUGACCCCCUGGUUAACGGGUAAGCGCUUAACCCACUGCACCGGUCUCUCCACGUACAUUUUUUUUUUACACAUAACUGAUCCUAACUACUAUUAGUAAAGAUAAAAGAGCCUUCCUAUGCAGCAACUUGUAUUUUUUUAAGCCUUCUUCUCAAAAUAUAAGUCUUCAUUCUUGUAAAGCCGCUGUGUCCCUGUACAAUACCGUACUCUGCACAUUUUUCCUCAUGCAGUAAUUCACCAGCACCACCAGAGGGAGCCGAUGCACUGUGCGUCUCUCAUUGGGCUUUCUGUCAACAUACGCAGCUGUGGCCAAACAAGACCACUGCUUCUUUAUUUUUGUGAAGUUCUAUUUUCAGAUUUACUCGUUUUCAAAUCUGUUUAAAGUUGAAAUAUUAUGUUGCGUUCAUGUGGGGUCAGGAUUUUUAAAACAGCUCAAACUCUAUUGUGUUUUAAAGGUGUGUUAUGUGACUUUUUGUUUUGGGUCCGUCACCUAAUUGUUUUUAUGGAUAUGUCAUUGUUCCGCCUGGAAGGUUCCACAGUAUGACUUUAAACUCUUCUACCUUACAUUUAUUCAAUUACAAUUUUUUAUAGCUCAAAAAUACCUAAAAAAAAAUGCAUUCUGACUAUGAGCGGGGUCGCCUCUCCACAGAUCUGACCUGUAACUCGGUCUGGUUUGGUCUCCGUGAAGAUAGAAAGUUUUAAUGCCAUACUGUGAAACAUUCCAGACAAAGCAAUAAUAUCUCCACGGAUAAAAGCGUUUGACAGACCCUCCACCAGAAAAGUUACACAAUGCACCUUUAAAUAUUUGCUUGUAUUCAAAAUUAUGUUAAAAAAAAUCUCAAAUUCUGUUACUUUUAAGCCAUGUUUUGAACUGGUUUAUGGUUAAUAUCUCUGUAAAUACUACAUCUAUCUAUAUGAAACAGAAAAUUUAAGAAGAGAAAUUAUUUUUGUCUACUAUAUUACCUAAAAAUUUAUGAACAGAUUCUUAAAAAACGCUUUAAUAUUGUUAGUUUUGAACCCAACCACAAAGCAAUGAGGUAUAACAUUUGUGGAUUUAAAUUUUUUAUUUGUUUUUUCAUUUCCUUUCUACAAUUUGAUGUUAUAAUUUCAAAUGGAGGGUUUUAUAAAUCUACGGGAGAUUUACUGUUUUUGAAAGAAAUAUCCAAUCAUAUGAUUCAUAAGUAUUGAAUAAUCAUAAUUUGUUUUUAAUGAUUGGCUGCACAGACUUUCCAUGUUAUUCUUAUGGGUUAAAGUUCUUUUCAAUUGAAUAGAAUCACAUCUUUGCACCAUUUUCUGAAGCUAUUGUGAAAAAAUAACUUCACUUUUGUUUAUUUAUAUUGACAGAGAAGACGCUGAACUCUGAACCAGUUUUUGUUUCGUGUGGAUAGGCCCUGAAAUUAUAGAUAUUAAAAGGCUCAUAUUAAUCUAUUUUCUGAUCUACGGUAUAAUGUUGUUUCCUCGUCAAAAACAAACCUGGAGUUGUGUUUUGUUUCAUUCACGCAUGUUUAACGCACAAACCCCGCAUAUUUAGGCUGUAUUUAGUUCUUCUCUCAAACUGGAAACACUCAGUUCCACCUUGUGAUGUCAUGCAGUGAUACAGGAAGUGCUCCACUGUGGUUUUAAACUCCAUGCACCUUCAGUAGAAUCAUUUGGAUGAUUUCAGCCCUGGAUUUGACGAUCUCUACUGAACUAAAACGUAAAAGGGUAGGUGUUAACUUGAAAACUACCGCUUCAUGACAUCACAAAGUGGAACAGAGCGUGUAAACAGUGUAAAUAGUGAAUAGUGAAUGAAACAAAACACAACUCCAGGUCUGUUUUUGAGCAGGUAAUAACAUUCUAACAUGACUUAAAGCUCACGAGAAUCAAUUUUUCGUAAUAUAAGACCUUUAACCAUAAACAAGAGCGACUAUUUUAAACUACAAGUACUUCAGAAUCUCUUGUUGCCACGUGAACGCAACCUCUCAAACAGCAGCAGUCCUCUUCUGCUUUGUUCGCAGCUAGAAAUGCUCCGUUCAGUUUUAUUUUUGUACACAGACUCGACUGCACAGCCGUCCGCUUCUUCUCAGGUUCCAUUGGGUCCCAGUCAUUAACGCUACCUCUCAUCCGUAACCAAAAGGUAAAAUUAUUUACCGCUUCGUAGCCUGGUUCCGUCUCUAUCGUCCGCUCUCCUCACAGUACGGUACGUCGCAUCGAGAUCCUUGUAUUUUCGUGUAAAGUAAUGAAGAAAUAUGCUUGCUACCUAAUGUAUAAAGUCAACGGGCUUAUUUUUACGCUUGAAAUGACGUUCAUUUUGACUAUAGGCGACCACUGGCCUCUCCGUCCUUUGUAGCUCCACUUUAUGUGAACGAGAAAUGACCUUUAAAUAUAGAAAAAAGUGCUGGAUUUUUGCAAAAAAACAAAAAAAAAAAGCUGAGAUGAUGACAACUGCUAGCCUUGCUCUUAAAAUAUGCUGUGUAAAAUGGAAAAAUAAAGGAUUACAAAUGUGGAAGGUUAACAGUGAAUUUUGUAGAUUUUCUGGCCGAAGGUCCGUCAAAUGCUUUUCUCCAUGGAGAUUAUGAUUAUUGUUUUGUCUGGAAUGUUUCACAGUAUGGUAUUCAACUUUUCUAUCCAAACCAGACCAAGCUACAGGUCAGAUCUGUGGAGAGGCGACCCCGCUCACAGUCAGAAUACCUGUUUUUUUAAGGUAUUUUUGAGCUAUAAAACCACCUGUACUUUAAUUAGUGUAAGAUCUUUUUAAUGUCAUACUGUGGAACAUUCAAGGCAGAGCAGUGACGUAUCCAUAGAGACAAGCAGAUGAUGGACACUUGACCAGAAAAGUUACACAAUGCACCUUUAAGUUUUUGGUUCAGUUUGAAUUGAAUGAAAGAAAGUAACGCAUUUAAAAAUCUUAAAACCAUGGCAACAACUACUGAGUUUUUUUGUUUUUCAAUAAAUUUUCUAUGACAUCUUUGCAUUAAACAGCAGGAUGGUACAACGGCAAAGUCUUCAGCCUCACAGCCAGAGGGUUUCAGGUUCAAUUCCCAGUACAAUAUGAGUUUAGAGAUAGUAUGUUCUUCUUAUGAGUGGAUGUCUUUUUAUAUUGUUUUUAAUCACUGACAGUCUACUCCUUCAAUGGUUUGAGUCUUAAAGGUGCACUAUGUAACUUUUCACUACCUGCUUAUCACCAUGGAGAUGUUAUUGCUUUGCCUGAAAUGUUACACAGUACGGCUUUAACCUUUUCUAUCUUGCGUUGUUAUUCAAUCGCAGUUUUCUUUGCCGAGACGGGUUUAACGCCGCGCUGGCGUUCAAGGCAAAUUCCUAACAUCUCCAUGGAAACGAGCAGUAAUAUCACAGCGAAAACCCCACCAGAAAAGUUACAUAGUGCAUCUUUAACUCCAGACAUGAGAGAGUUGUUUAUAGAGCCAGUGAUGGAUGAGACAAAACGCAAAAGACAAGUCUGAGAAACCUGAGGGACCUUUGGAGACAAGAUUCUGAAGAUUUUCAAGAUUUAAAGUUCAGAUUGAAAUGCCUAUUAUUGUUUAUGUAAUAUUAUUACUAAAUAUUCUGCCUCCACUAGCGUCAUAUUAUGUGUAAAAACCUGCUAACCCUGAAGUGUUUGCUCCCAAAUUUGCCCCAAAUCAGCCCAUUUCACUCAUUAUCUGCUCAUGUUCUCUACUAAUGAGAUAUUUGUGUUUUAAAAGGCCCAAUUUGUAAAAACUAAAAUGAUUCAGGCUUAGUAACUACUGAAUUAAGGGGUUCAGAGUUAAUUAAAGUGGACCCAAAUUAUGCAAAAUUGUCUUUUCAGAGCUUUUACCCGUGUUAUAGUUGUUUCCUCUCGCUGUUUGCUCACCUGAAGUUGUAUUUGGAGUGAUUCGUGGAUGUUUGAGUCAUUUUCUGAGUAAUCGCUUAUUUUCAAGACACCAUUUUGCAGAACAACUUCGUUUUUACUUUGUUUUUUCCAGUAUUUUUCUUAAUUUUCUUAAUCUGUGACACUUGUAGGAUUUGGUUUGAUGUGCAGCUAUCCAUAAGAGAUACUGAGUCUUUAUUGUGAUGACGUUUUACGACGACGUCAGCUUCCAUUGGGCACCUUAGUUUUUUUACGUGGAAAUCAGCUGACUCGUUUCUUUCUCGGCUCUAUUAAGUCGUUUUAGAUGAAUAUUGAGAUUUAAAAUGUCCAAAUUAUAACAUAAAGAUCCACGGGUGUCAUAGAUUCUAACUAUAGAGCAAACAGAAGCAAAAUAGGUCUUCUUUAAUGGACUAGUUACAAAGCCUGAAUCAUCCCUAAUCAACAAUUUCUUCAUAUGAAUUAAAUCUUUGUUCAUAGUUUAUUAAAGGGACAGUCCGGAAUUUUGGACAUAGGGCCUCGUUUCCUAGUGAGCCAGAGUGUUGGAGACGUGUGGAGACACUUUUUGAAAUAUUCCAUCCAGUCCUUGUAUUUGCAGAGGUCACUGGUGCUAGGCUAGUGCAUGUCAAUGGCCAUAGUUAGCCUGUCACUAAAAAAAAAAGUCUAACCCACUCCACAAAACACCCGAAGCAAAACUAUUAUUACACCAGACUGUCAAUGUAAAUGUUUCUGUUGAUAUUAUUCUGUAAAAAUUUGAAAUAGUUUGAAAUGUUUGAAAUAAAACUAACCUUGCAUCGCAUGAAUCUUUGCAUGUUGAGGGACUAUUUUCUCAUAUAUCAGUCCGCAGCUGUCAAGAUUUCUAUCAGGAAGUACAACUCACUGCUGCUCAGACGUAACUCCUUAAAAUGCAAGGUUGGUUUUACUUCUAAAAUGAUUCUAUCAACACAGACAUUUACAUCGACAGUCUGGUGUAAUAAUAGAUUUGCUUUGGGUGUUUUGUGGAGUGAGUAAGACUGUUUUUAGCAGCAGGCUAACUAUGGCCAUUGACAUGCACUAGCCUAGCACCAGCGACCUCUGCAAAUACAAGGACUGGAAGGAAUAUUUUAAAAAGUGUCUCCACACGUCUCCAACACUCUGGAUAACUAGGAAAUGAGGUCCAAAAUUCCAGACUGUCCCUUUAAGGCUACUUUGAAGGUGCACUGUGUAACUUUUCGGUUGGGUUGUUUCUAUGGAUACGUCAUUGCUCUGCCCGGAAUGUUCCACAGUAUGACAUUAAACAGCUCUGCUUUACAUUUAUGCAAUCACAGGUGGUUUUAUAGCUCAAAAAUACCUAAAAAAAACCCCAAAACAAAACAGGCAUUCUGACUGUGAGCGGGGUCGCCUAUUCACAGAUCUGACCUGUAACUUGGUCUGGUUUGGUCUCCAUGAAGAUAAAAAGAAAGGUUUAACACCAUACUGUGAAACAUCCCGGACAAAGCAAUAACACUUCCACGGAAAAAAAAAACAUUUGAUGGACGCUCCCACCGGAAAAGUUACACAAUGUUCAAAUACUUUUUUCCAUUUUACACAGUAUUUUGACUUUUACUGCGAGGGUCUACGUUAUACUUGUAAUAUAUGUGGUCUGUAUAUUCACCAGCUUGAAUUUGCCACAGAUAAGCACAAAAAGAUACUAUUAUAACUGCCGUCUUGCAUCUCAGGAACCAGCCGCUUUGCUUUGCUGCUGUACUUAAGAAGCCAAAUAGAAAAAAAUAUCUAACGAUCUAUGUAAAAUAUAUGGAAUUAUUUUGGCUAUCAUAAUUGUAUUUUAAUAUUGCAUCACUUGACACUGACUAAUGCAAGUAACCUCUUAUAGCAUGUUUUGCCAUUUUCUGGGGUUGCCAGAUAGAAGAAGGCACUUGCGAUUUCAAAAUAUUCUUUUCAAAUGUCCUUUUUUUGUGUUUUUCGUCAGAUUCUCAUCCGAUUUGACAGCCCUGCAUUUCUUCUUUCUUUUUCUUCUUUUUUUUUUUUCCCUGUGUCUUUCGGAGUUUGUCGCUGGCGGUUUCGUGAUGUUACCUUCACAGAAUAUUUUCGUGUAUUUUUUUCUGAUGUAGUUGGUGCUGUGUGCUGUUCAGUGUAUGUAUUUCUUGUGCGUUGGAAAAUUGUCACUUGGAUGAGUUUUUCCAAGAGAAUAAUUUUGUUGAGAUGAAGGGUGAGAAAUAAAGUUUUAUAAAUAACGAA